AUGCCCACACCGGCAGCGAUUACUGGUCUGGUUAUGGGUGCAGCCCUGGGUGCUGGCUUGUUGUGCUUAGGUGCCUAUACGGUGCACCGCUACAUGCAUUGGCGAUGUCAAGAGCUCGUUUACUUGUCUCAGCGCAACACCGUGAGGGUUGUCAAAAUCGAGGACCCUGAGCCAAGGAAGGAGAGUCGAAGAGCAAGGAACGACGAAGAGAAGGACAGGCAUGCAGCUCCAACAGAGCAGGUACUAUGGCAAUCGCAGCGCCGCCCAAACACAGGGAGAAUUCAAAAUUCGAUGGGUUUGCGAGGCGGCUUUAAGGACGACGGUCCAAGAAACGAGCUGGGUUGGGCAGGGGAAAGGCAAAUACAUCCCUACGUGCCAAUGCCAGCGCACAUGCAUGCGCAUCCUACGACUCACCAUUCAGCAAUCGGAUGGCAUCAAUUUGGAACCGCGUAUGAUCAGUUGUGGCAACUACCAGCAAUCUACCAGCAGCCAGCUCCUCAGGGCAGAUACUAUGCAUACAUUCCACCGCGUCCGAAGGUAGCCAUGGUACACGAGCAGCCACACUCUGGUGAGCCAGGACCAUAUAAUGGCUUUGCUGGCCAACCUGAGCUACAGCGAGCCCAGGGUAGAGUGGCCAAGCAAGCUGUGCGAGAAUCAGGGUCGCAGCGCAAAGUCUCCCCGAAAAUCAGGUCGAAUGUUGAGUCCGUCUCUUUCGAAGGUGACAGCGUGGUGAUACUCGAUGACUACUCUUGCCUCAUCGAAGGGGUAGUGCACCAGAAAAGAAAGAAGAAAAGCAGGGGAGACAAGAAGCGCAGAAUAAGGGAGCGUAGCAGCUCCUCUAGCACAGAAUUGGGGACCUGUUCGAGUAGUCAUUCUUUAACAUCCACAGAGGAUAUACCUCGAUACUGCAUCCCUGAUAGCAGGUCACGCCGCACGCGCCUCCCUCUGCAAGACUUUCCUCCUUACCCAGAGUGUCCUCAGCGCGCUGCAGGCGACGAUAAUCCAUACGCUCGACAGCCACCCCGUAGCGGACAGAGACGGGUACAAAAGGACGAAGAAGGCGUGCGAACGAAGUCGAGGUGGGACCCAAGUGCGGGUAGUCGACAAGCAGUGAUUCAUAGAUCAGCCCAGGAGCCCAGUAUGCGAGGUCGAGGAGCAGAUAGUGGAGUAGCUUUGAGAAGUGGUGAACUUGAAAGAACGAUUUCAGUACCAACUCGCGACAUUGCUAUCGAUCCUGCGUCGAGAAGAUUCAACAGCAAGAGCGGAGGUGUGCAUGAAGCAGGCGCAGGAAAAGCUCCAGACAACACGGGCAGAUUUACUGUGCGAACUGGUCCGCCAACAUCCGCGGUCCAAUAUACGAGAUUGAAGCGAGCCGCGGACAGUGUGGUACCACAGGAGGCAGUCAGAGAGUCAGGAUUAGGCAUAAUGCCUGUAGGGAGGACGGAGAAGAGCCGUCCAGAACCUGUCAUUAUAGUCACAGGACCUAUGCCAGAUGUUUCGCCAACGACGUCUGUGUUGAGAGCGGAGAGAGAUCACCUACAGGGUCCUUCAGCGCCUGUAUCUCCCAUCGAUUGUACUAGGACGCUGACUUGGGCUGGUACAAGAACCGGACGAGAUAGAGGAGGUUCCGUCAGCAGUGUGACUGAGGCUAGCUUUCAUAGAGACGACCGGAAGUAA